AUCCUAUGACAUACCCGUUGGGAUUUUUCUGAUAACUUAUCUGCCUCUUGUUUUUCAUUCACCUCCAACGUCCAUUGGUAGCUAGUUGGAGUUUUAAGAGUGCCUUUCUUUUAUUAAGUCUUGUUCGUGCUAAGUUCUGUCAGGCAAUUCAAAGCUAAUUUCCGCUUCAUCCGGUCAAAAGGUUAGCCAUAAAGGAUGAGCUUUCACAAUGCUUCAAAUGAUUGAUAAGAUAGUACCUGAAAUCAUGAACCACAAGCCAUGGCUUUGGAGGAAAAAGUCUAUGGAGAAAACAAUCUUUGCUGAGGACAAAGAUGUCAGUCCUUCUAGACCUAUCGAAGAAGAGGUACACAAACUCCCAGUAACUAAAGAAUCUGGAUCCGAAGGAUCAUCAAUGAGUCUAAAUGAGAAGUUGGCAACAGUCCUUCUUGAUUCUCAUUCUAGAGAUGACCCUUCAGCAAAACAUGACCAAAAGUCUCAACAGGAAAUGAGAGAAAAAAUAGGUAUGGACAAGACAAAACAGGAAGUAAAAUGUGCUGAAGACUUGGAUGAAAAAGCGUCUUCUGUGACUGUUUCUCCUGCAGAUGCAACAUUGAAGGAACCUUUGCAGCCACCAAGCUGUGUUCAAGAAGAAAAAGAGAAAAAGUUGAAUGGUGCCAUUCUAAAGAUAGCAAUAGAAGAUGAGAAGAUUCAGAAAGAAUUGGAAGAGAAGUUGAGGAUAACAAGUAAAAGGAUAGAUGACCUAACUGCCGAGAAUUCUCAUCUUACUAAUGCCUUGCUAACCAAGGAAAAAUCAAUUGGGGACCUAGUAAAAUGUAAGCAAGAAGCAGAUGCUGAGUUUAGUACACUGAUGACUAGAUUAGACACCACAGAAAAGGAAAAUUCUUUUCUAAGAUACGAGUUUCACGUUCUGGAGAAGGAACUUGAGAUCCGGAAAGAGGAGACUGAUUAUAGCCGUCAGUAUGCAGAUGCCUCUCAUAAACAGUACCUUGACUGUUCUCAGAAAGUGUCCAAGUUAGAAGCCGAGUGUCAAAAACUCCGUCUUAUGCUACAAAAAAGACCACCUGGUUCUGCUGGUAUGGUGAAUAUGAAGAAUGAAGUUGGAAUGAUGAGAAGAAGAAAGUCCAAUUCCAACAGGGAAUUGAUCAACAAAAGCAAUGAUUUUGGAAACUCUUCUGAUGUAUCUGAGAAAAGUUUGGCCUUAAUGAUCAGACGCUUGCAAGAUCUGGAUGAGGAGAACAAGGCUCUCAAAAGAAUUUUAACCAAGAAAAAUUCUGAACUGGAAUCUUCUAGGCUAAUGUAUGCUGAAACAGCUUCCAGAUUAUCGCAGGCUGAGAUUCUACUUAGAAAGGUUUCUGAAAAUCAGAAGUGGAUGGAGCUAGCUAGGUGUUAUCCCACAUCAAAUGAACUUCCUUUGAUGUCGAAUUGUGACAUUUAUAGUGAUGAUGAGGCUAUCUCUUCUGGAUCCUGGGCGAAUGCUCUUAUUUCAGAACUUGAACAGUUAAGAACUUCAGAGGCUAAAGUUCGUAAGAGUAGUAAACCCACUGAAGUUUCAGACAUGAGUUUCAUGGAUGACUUUGUUGAGAUGGAAAAACGAGCUAUAGUUUCUAUUGAUACACCUAAAAGAAGAUGCUUCUCUGAUACAAGUGGUAGGGAGCUAGUGCCAGUUGAACAAGAUCUUCUUGGAUUCAGUGAGAGGAAAAAGGAGAUACAAUUCAAACAUACAACUAAAACAUCAUUUGACUGGCUUCAGAUUGUUUUGAAUGCAAUCUUAGAGGAGAAAAACAUAUCAAAACGAGGUCUUCAUGAACUGUUUGAUGACAUAAAAAUUGCUUUGGAUUGCAUGAAUCACCCAACUUGUAAACCUGACACAGAAGCAAAAAGCAGGCAACACUUAAGUUCUAAUUUGAGAAAGUCAAUCCACAGGAUUAUCAACCUCAUUGAAGGUAUUGCUCCCAAGCCAUUUAUGUGCAACAAUUGUUUAGAUUGUUUGGGGGAGAAUAAGCAUUCAGACACAUCCCAGUCAUCAACACCCAAAGACUAUUUUGUUCAUGUUUUCCAAUGGAAGGUAACAGACUUAAAUCCUCUCCUGCACCAACUUGUUCACACCUGCAAGGAUUUGUUAACAGGGAGAGCUGAUUUUGAAAAUUUCACUGAGGAAGUAGCAUUUGCUUUGGACUGGAGCUUUAAUAACUGUGCCACCUCCACAAAUGCUGCAAUUGCAAGGGAUAGGAUCAAGAAGCAUUUUAGCAGCCAUUUAUCACAAAAUGAAAAUAAAAUAGAUGAUGAAGAUGAACAGGCUUCUCAAUCAGCCUCAUAUGCAUAUCAAGAAGAUCAGUGUGAGCUCUUCAACACAAAGAAUAGUCAGUGUGAUCUCCUUGAAGACAUUAGGAAGUUAAAAGAUGAUUUGAGGAAUGCAAAAUCUGCGAAGAAAGACUUGGAAGAAAAGCUGCUGUCAGUAACAGAUGAGAGUCAGAACUUGACAAAACAAUAUCACGGAGCACAGAAUAACAUCAAAGGUUUAGAAUCUGAAAUAGAGACACUGAAAGAUCAGAUUGAGAAACAAAAGAUAAUAAAUGAAGACCUUGAUACACAGCUUACAAUGGCUCAGGUUAAGUUAAAUGACAUUUUCCAAAAAUUUUCGUCCUUAGAAGUUGAAUUAGAGGAUAAAAAUAACUCCUGUGAGGAAUUAGAAGCGACGUGUCUAGAACUUCAACUCCAAUUGGAGAGCAUUGCAAAGAAGGAAUCUCCAACAUAUGGCAGAUACGAAGUAGAAAAGAUAUACCAAACUGGCUGGGAGAUCACAACAGCUUCAUCAAAGUUGGCAGAGUGUCAAGAAACCAUCUUGAACCUCGGGAAACAACUGAAGGCACUUGCUUCAUCUAGUGAAGUACCACUUUUUGACAAGGUUGUCUCCACAACUAGUACUGUGGCCAAUCCAACCCAGAAGAAGAACUUGAUCAAACGAUCCUCUCUACGCAAUCAAAUGCAAGCUGAGGAUGAAGCUAAAGGAAUUAUCCGUAAGUCUUUCCAAACUGAAGAAACUGGAAGAGAAAAAGAUGCCCAAAUGCCACCCAUUCUUCAAUCUGAAACCGAAAAAUCUCUGCAAAGUUCUGAUGACUUAGUUAAUUCUGAAGAGAAAAAUGAUAGAAGCAAAGGCACAGGAUCAAUGGCAAUUGUGCCAGGUAAAAAACAAGUAGGCUUUGGUUUCCUGAGAAAGCUGAUGUCAAGACGAAACAAAGGGAGGACUAAGGGAACCAAGUUAUUAGCCAAAGCAUGACUAAGAAGGAUCUUGUAUAGAUUCUAAUGCAACAUGUUUUAUCAGUUUGCAAUGGCUUAUUUGAUUUGAGAUGAUUGAGGUCGGGAGUUGAAACCGAAAGACUGAGAACAAAGGUUUGGUAAUGUAAAUAUAGCUGAUGUACAUAUUCAUUGCCAUUUGAGGUUAAGCCAUUCAUGUUUGGAAUGUUUUCUGUUUGCUUUUAUUAAAAUAUGAUAUUCCUUUCUUUUUAA